UUUCUUGUCUAAUUAUCUCAAAAAUAAGUUAAAUAUUGCGUUACUGAGUAAUUUCUGAUUCUGUCUUUAUUUUAUACAAUUAUUUUAGAUAAAAACCUCAGACAUUUGGACUUUGUGCAUUCGUGCUGUUCCGCAAUUAGAUAAAUACCAGUGAUAAGUGUGCAGUGCCUUUCUUGAAAUACAAUUAAACAUGUCUUCCCUCUGGAACACCCUUUUAAAAGUCCCCACUCAAAUAAAACAAUUCUCCGUUCCGGUACGUUAUUUAAAUCUUUUGGAAUACCAAAGCAAACACCUCUUGCGUAAAAAUGGAGUUGCCGUCCAAGACUUUUGCAUGAUUGAUGAUAAGGGAUGCACAGAAUUCGAAAAAUUCAAUGUGAAGGAAUACGUAAUAAAAGCACAAAUUCUUGCCGGUGGUCGUGGUAAAGGCCAUUUUAGCAAUGGUUUUAAAGGAGGGGUACAUGUCACUGAGAAACGCAAUGAAGUCGAUGAUAUCGUCAAAAAAAUGCUCGGGCAUAGGCUUAUAACGAAACAAACUCCCAAAGAUGGUAUUGAGGUGAAAAAAAUCAUGAUUGCUGAAAGUGUGACCAUUAAGAGAGAGACUUAUGUUUGCAUUUUGAUGGAUAGACAAAAGAACGGUCCUGUCUUAAUUGCGUCCCCUGCAGGCGGCGUGGACAUCGAAGGCGUGGCCGAGAAGACCCCCCAUCUUAUCAAAAACAUUCCAAUUGAUAUCUACGAAGGGGUGACAGACAGUAUGGCAAAUGAAGUUGCAGAGUUUCUAGAGUUCAAAGGCCCCCUAAAGAUUUUGGCCGCAGCCGAAUUGAAAAAGUUGUGGCAGUUCUUCCUCGCUGUUGAUGCCACCCAAUUAGAAAUCAACCCGUUAGUUGAAACCGACAAUAAUAAAGUGAUCGCAGUGGAUGCCAAAAUCAAUUUUGACGACAACGCUCAGUUCCGCCAAAAAGACAUUUUCGCCUUGGAAGACGUCACGGAGAGCGACCCUCGCGAGGUUGAGGCAGCUAAAUACAACUUGAAUUACAUCGGAAUGACCGGAAACAUCGGUUGUUUGGUCAACGGCGCCGGUUUGGCAAUGGCUACCAUGGACAUCAUCAAGCUCCACGGGGGCGACCCUGCUAACUUCCUCGAUGUUGGUGGAAGCGUCCGUGAAGAACAAGUCAAAGCCGCUUUCAAUAUUCUCACUUCUGAUAAAAACGUUAAAUGUAUUUUGGUCAACGUUUUCGGUGGAAUUGUGAAUUGCGCGACGAUUGCCAAUGGAAUCGUGGGUGCUAUGAAAGCAAUGAAGCUUGAAGUGCCUUUAAUUGUCAGAUUGGAAGGCACAAACGCGGCCGAGGCCCGGAGGAUCAUCAAGGACUCCGGGAUGAAUAUCCAAACAGCCGAAAAUCUCGAUGAUGCGGCCAAAAAAGCGGUGCAAAAUGCUUAACAGAGUGUUGUUUGAUUGUCAACAACACAAAAAAUUGUUCUAAUAACCAAUGUUUCAUUUCUUCGUUUUGAUAUUGUAUUUUCGCUUAAUAAAAGUUUCUCAUUUA